GUGGUGUCCCAAAAUGUAAGUCCCCACAAUGCCCGAGCAGAGUAAAACCCAGUCGUUAAAAUAAAAAGAUCCACAUAAUCCAGCGGUGGUAGGGAAAGCAAGUUGAAAGAAAACCCCAGAAAUUGGAAUCGGAACUGGAUUCGAUUCGUCUUCGGAAUUUGCUCUUUCCAAUUCGCUCUUCUUCUUGAUUCCGUAAAGUGAUCUUUGAUUCAUUCUCAUCCCAAUCGAUAUGGUUGAUGCAGCCGAUAAAUUGGCGUAUUUCCAGGCGAUCACAGGUCUAGAAGAUCCCGACUUAUGCACUGAGAUUCUCGCUGCCCAUGGCUGGGACCUCGAGCUUGCGAUCUCCACCUUCACCUCUGGUAAUUCCAGCACCGCACGCCCUGAUACUUCCGCCGCCUCACCUGCCGACGAUGACGACAUUGACGCCUCCUCCUCUGUCGUUCGGGUCGAUUCGUUACAGUCCAUGCCACAAUCAGAGCCUUCUCCGCCUGGCUUGGCUUGGAAGCUUAUUAAGUUACCGGUUUCUGUCAUUUCGGGUAGUUUAGGUUUGAUUUCUGGCGCGAUUGGUCUCGGCUUAUGGGCCGCCGGUGGUGUGCUUUCCUAUUCUCUUGGCAUGAUAGGGUUGGGCUCUGGUUCCCCUAGGAACGAUCAGUCCUCGGCGCGUUUGCUUCCUCUUUCGGCAGCAGCAUCGGAGGCUAUGGAUUUUGUGGCCGGGUUUGAGAGGGAAUACGGUGCUACUCGGCCCAAUUUUGCGAGCGAGGGCUUUAUGGACGCCUUGCAAAGGUCAAGGAAUGCUUUUAAACUUCUGUUUGUUUACUUGCAUUCACCGGAGCAUCCGGAUACGCCUUUAUUCUGUGAGAGGACUCUGUGCUCCGAGGCACUUGUGGCGUUUGUGAAUGAAAACUUCGUGUCAUGGGGAGGUAGUAUUCGGAAUAGUGAAGGCUUUAAGAUGAGUAACAGCUUGAAGGCUUCUCGAUUUCCAUUUUGUGCUGUAGUCAUGGCGGCAACAAAUCAGAGGAUUGCGCUGCUUCAACAGGUUGAAGGCCCGAAAUCUCCCGAGGAGAUGCUUACGAUACUGCAGAGAGUGCUAGAAGAAAGUGCCCCAGUUCUUAUUGCAGGAAGACAUGAAGCAGAAGAAAGACAAAACAAUAUUCGCUUAAGGGAGGAGCAAGAUGCUGCUUAUAGAGCUGCACUUGAAGCUGAUCAAGCUAGGGAAAGACAAAGGAGAGAAGAACAAGAACGCCUUGAAAGGGAGGCUGCUGAAGCUGAGAAGCUGCGCAAGGAGGAAGAGGAGGCUCAAGAAAGGGCAGCCCGAGAAGCUGCAGAGAAGCAGGCUGCAUUAGCUAAAUUACGUCAGCAAAAAGCUCAGUCGCUUGGUGAAGAACCUGAGAAAGGACCUAAUGUUACACGGGUUUUGAUUCGCUUUCCAAAUGGCGAGCGCAAGGAAAGGAGGUUCCACAGCAACAUGACAAUCCAGUCAUUAUACGACUAUGUUGAUUCAUUGGGUUGUUUAGAAGUUGACGAUUAUAGUCUGGUGUCCAAUUUUCCUCGGGUUGUUUACGGACAAGAAAAGCUUACUCUGUCAUUGGAGGAAGCCGGACUGCAUCCUCAAGGAAGCCUGUUUGUAGAGCUAAGUUCAUGACGCGAAAACUCGCUAAAUAAUCGGAAGAGUGCUCGGCGUAGAAAUAGGAGAUUCUCAGGUGUUAAAACUAUGGUUAUUGGGAGGGAAAAAAAAAAAAAAGAAUCAGCUUGAGAAGCACUUAUAAUUUAAAAUAUGUUGUUGCUGCUUCCCUGUAUAACUUCCGUUCAUCUUAUUUCUCAUUUAGUCUGCAUAGAGCCUUCCAUACAGAGGAUUUAGAAUGAUGAUGAUAUAAUUGUGUGCACGCACUCAUGCCUAUCUGGAAAUUAAGGAAGCUUCCCUUAGUUAUUUCUUUGUA